CCCCCUCGCCCUCGGCGGGGGAGGGCCGCUUCGCUCGCCCGGCCGCUGAGGAGCAGCCACCGCAAGCCAACCCCGCGGGCGCCAGCCCUGAGAUGGAAGAGAAGUUUGUGGAAGCAAAUGCCAAGUAAUAAAAUGACAUUGAUAACACUCAUCAAAUUCUUGCUGGGUGCUGAGCACUGUUUACUGUAAGCCCUGUGCCUGCAUUAUUUAAUUCUCAUAAGUUUUCCUCCAGCCACUGCCGCCAUGCCCAGAUCGGCGCUGUGGGCAGUGGACCUCUUCGGGAGAGUGCACACCCUGUCCACUGCCGGCCAGUACUGGGAGCUGUGCAGGGACACCCAGCUGGAGUUCAGGCGGGUCAGCGCAGCCACGCAGUGCUGCUGGGGCAUUGCCUGCGACAACCAGGUCUACGUGUAUGUGUGUUCCAGCGAUGUCCCCAUCCGCUGCCGAGAGGAGGCCUAUGAGAAUCAGCGCUGGAACCCUGUGAGCGGCUUCUGCGACACGCUCCUGCUGAGCGACCGCUGGCCAUGGAGUGACGUGAGUGGGCUCCAGCACCGGCCGCUGGAUGGGGUGGCACUACCCUCACCGCACUGGGAGUGGGAGUCGGACUGGUAUGUGGAUGAGAAUUUUGGAGGGGAACCCACCGAGAAAGGGGGGUGGACAUAUGCCAUUGACUUUCCUGCCACCUACACAAGAGACAAGAAGUGGAAUUCUUGCGUGCGGCGACGGAAGUGGAUCCGGUACAGGAGAUACAAGUCCCGGGACACCUGGGCCAAGAUCCCCUCAAAGGAAGACCCCAAACAACUGCCUGACCCCUUCAAUGACCUCUCUGUGGGGGGGUGGGAGGUCACUGAGGAGCCCAUGGGCCACCUGUCAGUGUGGGCUGUGUCUCUGCAGGGAAAGGUAUGGUACAGAGAGGACGUCAGCCAUCCCAACCCCGAAGGCUCCUCGUGGUCCCUUGUGGACACUCCAGAGGAGGUGGCCCAGAUCAGCUGUGGGCCCUAUGAUCUCCUAUGGGCCACCCUCUGGGAGGGUCAGGCCCUGGUCCGGGAAGGAAUCAACAGGAAUAACCCCAAAGGAAGUUCCUGGUCCAUAGUAGAGCCUCCCACAUCUGAAAAUGGGAUCAUGCACGUCUCUGUGGGAGUUGGCGUUGUCUGGGCUGUCACUAAAGACCGAAAAGUGUGGUUCCGAAGAGGCGUCAACUCCCACAAUCCCUGUGGCACCAGCUGGGUCGAGAUGGUGGGAGAAAUGUUGAUGGUGAACGUGGGGCUGAACGACCAGGUCUGGGGCAUCGGCUGUGAGGACCGAGCCAUGUACUUCCGGCAAGGUGUCACCCCCAGUGAGCUCAGUGGAAAGACAUGGAAGGCCAUUGUCGCAGGCCGAGAGAGUGACCAGUCGCACUGUGGUAGCUCGUCCAGUCUCCUCAGCGCUGGCUGCUUCUUUGGUGACGAGGUGAGGAGUAGUGGUGACUCUGCGCCCAGUGACACUGAUGCCUCCUUGGAAGUCGAGAAACCGGGGCCUGCCCUGCCUCUCCCUGCAGAGUCUUUGGACAAUCCUAGGAACCCCAAGGGGAGCUCGGCCGCUGGCCCAGGGACUGGCAGGACUGCAGAGGGUGCCAUGGGGAACGCCUGCCCAGCUCAGGGCAGAGGGGAGGCUGCUCAGGCCUCUGGGCCUGACAAAUGCCCUGGCCCAGCCUCCACCCCUGCAGAGCUGCCCUGGACCAAUAUUGACCUGAAAGAGCCCAGGAAAGCACCCAGCCACUCGGCUGCUGGCUUUCCUGAGACCACCGGCCUCUCCUCCCUGGGGCUCCUCCCACUGGGCUUGGAGGAGCACUGCGGGGUGGAUGACCAACCACUCUGGGCCUGGGUGUCUGGAGGCGGCUGCGCAGUGGAGGCCUGCUCUGUGCUCAAGUGGUUCACUGUCCAGCCAGGCCUGUCCCCGUCGGUGCAGACGCUGUCCCUGUCCAUCACGCCAGCCCAGACUGCUGCCUGGAGGAAGCAGAUCUUCCAGCAGCUCACGGAGAGGACCAAGCGGGAGCUGGAGAACUUCAGGCACUACGAACAGGCUGUGGAGCAGUCGGUGUGGGUGAAGACAGGGGCCCUGCAGUGGUGGUGUGACUGGAAGCCCCACAAGUGGGUGGACGUCCGUGUGGCCCUGGAGCAGUUCACGGGGCACGACGGGGCUCGGGACAGCAUCCUCUUCAUCUACUAUGUGGUCCACGAAGAGAAGAAGUACAUUCACGUGUUCCUCAAUGAGGUGACGGUGCUGGUCCCAGGGCUCAACGAGGCCAAGCACUCCUUUGCCUUGUACACCCCCGAGAGGACACGGCAGAGGUGGCCCGUGCAUCUGGCUGCCACCACCGAGCAGGACCUGAAUGACUGGCUCGCCCUGCUCAGCCUGUCCUGUUGUGAGAGCCGGAAGGUCCAUGGCCGCCCAUCCCCGCAGGCCAUCUGGUCCAUUACCUGCAAAGGGGACAUCUUUGUGAGUGAGCCCAGCCCGGACCUGGAGGCCCACGAGCACCUGCUGCCCUGUGACCAGAUGUUCUGGCGGCAAAUGGGCGGCCACCUGCGGCUGGUGGAGGCCAAUAGCCGGGGAGUAGUGUGGGGCAUUGGCUACGACCACACAGCCUGGGUCUACACGGGAGGCUACGGCGGCGGCUGCUUCCAAGGCUUGGCCAGCAGCACCAGCAACAUCUACACACAGUCAGACAUGAAGUGUGUCUACAUCUACGAGAACCAGCGCUGGAACCCUGUCACAGGCUACACUAGCAGGGGUCUGCCCACCGACCGGUACAUGUGGAGUGACGCCACGGGGCUUCAGGAGUGCACCAAGGCUGGCACGAAGCCCCCGUCCCUGCAGUGGACCUGGGUCUCUGACUGGUCUGUGGAUUUCAGCGUUCCUGGGGGCACCGACCAGGAGGGGUGGCAGUAUGCCAGUGACUUCCCUGCCUCAUACCAUGGGUACAAAACCAUGAAAGAUUUCGUGAGGAGAAGGUGCUGGGCCAGAAAAUGCAAGCUGGUGACCACUGGGCCCUGGCUGGAGGUGGCCCCCAUCACCCUUGGGGAUGUGUCCAUCAUCCCAGAGAUGCCAAACUCCAGCAGGAGUGGGCACAGCAUCGCACUCUGGGCCGUCAGUGACAAGGGGGACGUGCUCUGCCGCCUGGGUGUGUCCGAGCUCAACCCCGCGGGCUCUUCCUGGCUGCACAUCGGCACCGACCAGCCCUUUACCUCUGUCUCCAUCGGGGCCUGCUACCAGGUGUGGGCCGUGGCCAGGGAUGGCUCCGCCUUCUACCGGGGCUCUGUGUCCCCCUCUCAGCCGGCUGGUGACUGCUGGUACCACAUUCCACCUCCUCCCAAACAGAGACUAAAGCAGGUGUCUGUUGGGCAGACGUCAGUGUAUGCCUUGGACGAAAAUGGGAACCUGUGGUACCGGCAGGGGAUCACACCCAGCUACCCGCAGGGCUCCAGCUGGGAGCACGUGUCCAACAACGUGCGCAGAGUGUCCGUGGGGCCCCUGGACCAGGUCUGGGUUAUCGCUGACAAGGUCCAGGGGAGCCACAGCCUGAGCCGGGGGACAGUGUGUCACCGCACGGGUGUGCAGCCCCGGGAGCCCCAGGGGCAGGGCUGGGACUACGGCAUCGGGGGAGGAUGGGACCACAUCUCUGUCCGGGCCAGUGCCACCAGUGCCCCCUGGACAUCCACAUCCCAGGAGCAGGAGCCGAGUGCCCCACAGGAGGCCCAUGGCCCUGUCUGCUGCUGAGGCCAUCCCCGCUCACCUGGAAGCAGGAUAGUGCCCAGUUUGAAGGAUCAAAGUUGAGCCAUUCUUGUGCUGAAGUGUGCAUCUAGGGAGCAGUGUCACCCCCACGGACUCAGGAAGAAACCUGGCCCGAGAUCAUGGCCGCUUCAGAGGCACUGGCUGAAAUGGCCCAGAAAUGUGAAGCUCUGUGGACACUCCCUCAUGGGUCCCCAGUCUGCGAGGAGCACUGGGGGGUGGCAGAUGGGGGCCCCCUCAGCCCUGGCCCCUCCCACCCUCCUUUCCCCUCUGCUUCCCACCUUUCCAGGCCAGGAACCUGGAACCUGGAGACCUCCAGGAAUGCUGGCCCUGGGGACACAGAGCUCAGGGAAGGGCCUCCUGAGUCGGCAGCUCAAACAGCGCCUGGGCCUGCCAUCCCUGCCUGUCCCCCACUCCCAAGAGAAGAGAGGGGGAGCUCAGGGCCAUUUCUCAGAGCAAGACUUGCAAAUCAGAUUUCAUUUCAGAAGUUAAGGAAGAAGUUGGCAGCUUGGAAAUAAAUGCUGGAGUGGGGAGAGGUCUUCUUCUCCCGUGUGCUGGGCCCCUCCUGGGGUGGACAGAGAGGCUGCCCCAGGGCUGGGGGAUGGCAUCUGCAGAAUCACUGUCAUUACUCCCCAGUCCACCCCUUCCCCAGGCAUGGGGGUGGCAGGGCGCUCCUUGGAUGUCAGAUCCUGUUGCAGGGGUGGGGACAGUGAACCAGCAGGCGUCCUGGGGCCCGGCAGGCAUUGCGGGGGCAGGACUGUGCCCAGCAGUAGCCAGGGGUAGACACGGACCCCUGAGCCCUCUGUGCACAGGGCACGGCAGAAGAGAGCCUCCACCAGGCAAGGAAGAGCAUGCGUGGCCAAGUGGCCCAACCCCCAUCGCGCAGGCUCUGCUGCUCUUUAUCCCAUUUGCUCCAUUUGGUGAUGUCUGGAGUUUGCUACCUACAACUGCACAUUUAGCCCAGGAGGUCGUCGGAGCCCAGGUCCUGUCUCAGCGAGAUGGAAUGCAUAGACUUGUCACCAGCUGGCUUUCCUGGGUUCCCAGCUGUAUUGUCCUUCGGAAGGUCAGUUGUGCAUUUGUGUUUGGUUCCGUUAUGCUGUGUGGUGUUGGUCACCAGAAACUGGCUCUAAGAAGGGUCUCCUCUGGAGUCCCCUCAUGCAGGCAUUUGAGAGACCUGGUGUUCCUGGCAUUUCUGGAGGUGGUACCAGGUGUGUUUGGGUCAGAGCUCUCAGACCGGGCUGGGCGGCCAUUGGGCACGUGGGUGACUCUCCUGUUUGUUUACAUUUCAGUGUCAGGUUUUCUUUGAAUGGGCCUUAAGGUUCCCUACAACAGUGACCUGUGCGUUCUGCUGCGAUGGGUGAGGGUGUCCCUCCGCCCUUUCUCUCCAGGGUGGUGCGUCCUCUCUGCUGAGCACUGACUGUUGACCAGCUCAGCAUCGUCAAACUGUCUUGAUUCUUUGGACUCUUAGUCAAUAAAAAUUUACACCACAGGGUAAA